AUGAAGACACCACGUGAAGACAAAGCUGCGCUGGUCCCACAAGACUCCUCCGAUAUCGAGGAAGGGGAGAUGGCUACCAACCACAGCGCUGGUGUCCCACCUUCGUCCUCGGGUCGCAAGCGGUGCUGCAGCACCUGCUGCCCGAUGGCCAAGCGCUACGUCGUGGCCGUCAUGAGUUGCAUAGGUUUCUGUAUCUCCUUCGGCAUACGGUGCAAUCUGGGCGUGGCCAUCGUUGACAUGGUCAACAACAACACGGUGACCAUCAACGGGGAAAAGGAAAUACACUUCCGAGAGUUUGACUGGAGUCCUAGGAUAGUCGGGUUGAUGCACAGUUCGUUCUUCUGGGGUUAUAUCGUAACUCAGGUACCUGGGGGCUACUUAGCUUCCAGAGUUCCAGCGAAUAGGAUAUUUUGUACAGCUAUAUUCAUGUCGUCCAUCUUGAACCUCUUCAUUCCGCUAGCAUGUCAUGUGCACUACUCCAUGGUGAUCGUCAUCCGGGUACUACAAGGGCUCAUAGAGGGUGUGGAGUACCCGGCCUGCCAUGGCAUGUGGAGUAAAUGGGCUCCACCUCUUGAACGGAGUAUGCUGGCGACAAUUGCAUUCUCAGGUUCCUAUGCUGGUGCUGUCUUUGGUAUGCCUGUUGCUGGUAUACUUACCGAGUAUGCCGGCUGGCCAAGCGUCUUCUAUGUAUUUGGUUGUUGCGGUAUCGUAUGGUUCGCCUGUUUUAUGUAUUUAAUUUACGAAAAGCCAAGCACCCAUCCCACCAUAUCUCCCGAAGAGCGGACUUACAUCGAGGAGAGCCUCGGGGAGUCUAUGACGUUGCUGCCGACCAAGGCCAGUGCUUGGGUUGAGGACGAGGCUAAGGUAGGGGCGGGGCCUGGCAGGUGGGCAACAGGAGUGUUGUAUUACAUCAAGGCCAACUUCUUGGAGACGCCCUGGAAGAGUUUCUUUACGUCGAGUGCGGUCUACGCCAUCAUUGUGGCUAAUUUCUGCCGUAGCUGGACGUUCUACUUGUUACUCACCGGUCAGCCGUCUUACUUUGAGCAGGUGUUUCACUAUGAAAUAUCACAGGUCGGUAUAAUAUCUGCCUUGCCCCACCUUGUAAUGGCUAUCAUUGUCCCACUGGGCGGCCAACUGGCUGACUGUCUUAGACGAAACCGACUCAUGUCUACAACGACGGUCAGAAAACUCUUCAACUGCGGAGGGUUCGGAGGAGAAGCAAUAUUCUUGUUAUUCACCGCGUACGCCAGAGGAAAAGAGAUGGCUAUUUUAUGUAUGUGCAUUGCUGUAGGAUCGAGCGGUUUUGCAAUAUCAGGGUUUAACGUAAAUCACCUAGACAUCGCCCCACGUUAUGCCAGCAUACUCAUGGGCAUCUCCAACGCUGUCGGAACCCUGGCCGGUAUGAUAUGCCCGGAAGUGACGUCAGCACUCACCGUAAAUAAGACUGCUGAUGAUUGGGAGAAGGUCUUCCUGAUAGCAGCCUGUGUCCAUUUCGUGGGGGUUCUCUUCUACGGGAUCUUUGCCUCCGGGGAGAAGCAGCCCUGGGCCGACCCGCCCAAGAAACCCCUACCGGAGAUCAACGGCAAGGGUCCUGGGCCCGACCUGGCCGGCACGGUGCUCCACAAGUCAAAAGGCUACGGUGCCCUCCAGGAGAGCGAUGCUCCCACACGGGAGACGGUGCUGAAUGGGGGGUUCAUACCCCAGAAUAACGCCUAUCCGGACAUGAGGAAGGAGUUUGUCCAGCCACAGGCGUCAGAUGAGAGUCCGGAAGAAGCGGAUACCCCGUAGUGAUUAUGUAACUGCAUGUUAAAGUAGGCGUCUACGAUGUGGAGCGCCCUCCAGUGUUGUAGUCCAGCUCAUCCAAAGUCCUCAAAAGUCCUUACAAGUCCAUCCCAAUUCAUCCAGUCUCAAGACAAUUCACAUACUAUUCAAAUGUGAGAAACACAUUCCUUUGUAAUUGUUCAUCCAUAAAUUGUAACCAGAUUUAUGUGGAAUUGUGAUUGACUUGACUACAACGCUAAUAAAAUCUGGCCGAAACAACUUGCAUAUUUAUUUAAUCAUUUAUUUUUUACUUUCGUUUUAGAGCAAUGCGAUAUCCUUCUUGGAUGAUAACUUUUGCAUAGAUAGCGUCGUGUGCCACCCUCAUUGAUAACAAAUACGAAAAGGUGGCCCUCUGUGAAUGUUUUGUACUCAAAGAAUUCCGUGAAUACAGUACUUACGCCCAAGCACGGAAAAAGUAGAAAUAAGAAAAGUAUUCCCCCAUGGUCUCAGAUGGAGUGUGCCUCCUUACUUACUGUGUCGAUGAGUUAAGCUUUUGAUUCAGUCCACACAUUAUUACCAUUUUUUAUAAUUGAAUGAAAGCCUCCCCAAUGGAACGCUCACAUAGCGUACCGGAAUCGUGAAAAUAAUAUGCGUGAUUUGAAUUAAGAUGUUGCUAAGAAUGGGAGCCAAUUUAACUUAAUAUUUUAUCAGAGAAAUAUACAGCCAGAUUGAAUGUGUAUGAUUUUCGAUGCAUGUUGCAUCACAUUUCGCACAAAGACAUGUCAAAGGUCACGUAUGUAUGUCUCUGUGUGUGUGUGUGUGAACAUUUCAAAAACUGUAUUAUUCUUUUAAAGAUUUUAUAAUAAGUUUGACUGUUUGGUUGUGCCUUUCAUUGGCAAACGCGCGCGACCUUUUAAGGACUCAGAGGACACUGUCUGCCACCUCUGUAGUUCUGAGAACAGCUUAAUCGUCCAAAUGACCUUUGACAUGAACCUCCAUAUUUGCAAUAGUUACGUGCUUGUCCAUCGGACAUUUGUAUGUCGUUUGUAAAUGUUUGUAUUUUCAUUUGCUUAUACUAGUUUUUUUUUUAAUGAAUACUUAUCAGUUCAGAACUCUACGUAAGUCGCCAGCUUUGAAAAUUCAAGAAUUAAUGUGAGAAAUCUGAGGGCAACAAAUCAAUUAAUUAAUCAACCAAAACUGAGUGACAGAGGUACGGCGAUUUGUAAGUUCUGAGCGAGAAUAAGCUUAUAUCGUGUGACGGAGCAAUAAAAUCAACUGCAGUCUUAGAUAUGUAAAUAUUAAAGUCUUCUUUAAACAACGCUUACUUAAAAUAUAUUCUUAAUUUCCUUUAAUCGGCCCUACUAACGACAAAACAGUGAAAUUCAUGUCACAACCAUAAUUUUGUCUAUUUCCUCAAGCAACACUUUGGGUAACCCUGCAUGUAUUUUGGGUAACCCUACAUGUAUUUUGGGUAACCCUACAUGUAUUUUAGGUACCCCUACAUGUAUUUUGGUAACCCUACAAGUAUUUUGGGUAACCCUACAUUUAUUUUAGGUACCCCUACAUGUAUUUUGGUAACCCUACCAGUAUUUUGGGUAACCCUACAUUUAUUUUGGGUACCCCUACAUGUAUUUUGGGUACCCCUACAUGUAUUUUAGGUACCCAACAAGUAUUUCUGGUAACCCUACAUUUAUUUUGGGUACCCCUACAUGUAUUUUGGGUACCCCUACAUUUAUUUUGGGUAACCCUACAUGUAUUUUGGGUAACCGUACCUUGGGGAAACCCUAAUACUUCGGCACAGAUAACAUUAUGGAUAUAUAGAUUCAUUUUGUAAUUUUGGGGCUAAGUCUAUGGUUCAAACUCCAUUUCGAUAACUGUUUGUGACUUCCCUAUGCUAUAAGGAUUCAUUUUGGAGGUGGUUUUGGUCUGAGGCUACCGCUGUGGCUAAUUUACGUAUCUCAUUGGUGCUUAUUAUACCAUCAUGUUAUAGUACAUGUACUGGUUUGGGGCUCCCCCUAUGGUUGGAACAAUAUUUUGUGUACACAUAACAAAACAUCAUCGUGUUUAACAAAAGCAUAUUCCCCUUUCAAAGGGAACGUGAUUCGUGCUUGAAUUAAAUUGCAAUUGUAUUUUGUACAGGUUUAUUCUAAAAAUUGAAAAGAAAUAUAGCAUUAUCUUUCUGCUGUUAGUGUUAAUAAAAUAAAUGAGGUGUAUUUAUGCAAUAGGUGUUUUAAGAGUAAGUGUGUUGGGACAUAAGUUAGAAUAUAAGUUUUCAGGCAAUAUAAUCUAGACUGAGUAACUUUGUAAUAGUAAACUAUAUAUUUACCAUUGGUAUUCCUAUAUCGUGUAAAGGUAUUGUAAAAAAAAAAAAGAAGGAAAGUAUAAAAAGUAAACAAUAUAUACACUCAUUGUAAUAAAUAUAUGUGGUACUACUUCAGCAUAACAUUAUUGCAACUGAGCCUCAGUAAAUGUCAUGGAUGAAAAGUAAGUUACGUUUAUUUUUUACCCAGGAAGUGCAGUGUAGAUGUGAUUAAAAAACCGAAACUUUGCCCAAAACAA